CUCUUUUUUCCCCCCAAAACACCCCCUGUCGGGGGGGACGGGGAGGGGGGGUUCUCGGUGCCGUUGGCGGUGUGGGGUCGCGGGGCCUCCCCCCCCGCCUUCUCCCCUCCAUGUGGCACUGAGGCGGCCGGCCACCAGCGGCGGGGGGUGGCGAUGGGCGACACGGCUCCCCCCCAGGCCGCGGGGCUGGGGGCCGGGCUGCUGGGGGGCGGCGGGGGCGGCCCGGCGGCCCCCCGGGUCCACAGCGCCAUCGUGGAGCGGCUGCGGGCCCGCAUCGCCGUGUGCCGCCAGCACCACCUCAGCUGCGAGGGGCGCUACGAGCGGGGCCGCGCCGAGAGCUCCGACCGCGAGCGGGAGAGCACCUUGCAGCUCCUCCACCUCGUGCAGCAGGGGCAGGGGGCCCGCAAGGCCGCCAAGCACCCCAAGGCGGCCGCAGGAGGAGGAGGAGGAGGAGGAGGAGGAGGAGGAGGAGGAGGAGGAGGAGGAGGAGGAGGAGGAGGAGGAGGAGGAGGAGGAGGAGGAGGAGGAGGAGGAGGAGCGGCCACCCCGUCCUCCGCCGCCGCCGCGCCCCCCGACUACCACCAGCACCUCCUCAGCAACGGCGGCGCCAACGGGGAGCAGGCGGCGGGGGAGCAGCGAGCCUCGGCCCUGCUGGCGCUCCAAGGCUCCUUGAAGAGAAAGUUGGUGGUAAAUCUGUCACCCGUCAACAACAAGAGGCCAAAUGGUGUUUCGGACAACUCUUUCCUUGACAUUAAGAGGUUAAGAGUGGGUGAUAAUAUCCCAAUGGGACAAGGUGGACAUCAUGCUAACAAUUGCCAAAGCCAGUCAAUGUCUGGAACCAUGCCUGUGGGGCAAGGAACACAAAGAAAGACCGGUAACCUAGCAAACAAUGCACAUGCUAGUGGGAAUGGCAUGUUUAAUAUGACUUUGAAAGAGGUAAAGAAAGAACCGGGAGAAACAAUGUCCUGCAGCAAACACUUAGAUGGCCAGAUGUCCCAUGAGAACAUGUUCCCUAACAGAUAUGGGGAAGACUCAGGAGAACAAAUGAUGGAUCCAGAGCUUCAGGAACUAUUUAAUGAACUGACUAACAUAUCAGUGCCACCAAUGAGUGAUCUUGAGCUAGAGAAUAUGAUAAAUGCCACAAUAAAGCAAGAUGAACCGUUCAACAUUGACCUUGGGCAGCAAAGCCAGAGGGGCCCUGUGAGAUCUCUGCAGAUGGAUAAGAUGGUAAUUAAGAGCGAAUACGCACCAGGCAUGAACCAGGCUUCUGUGGGUUCCCCACAGAUGAGGCCUUCUUCUACAGGUCCAGCCUUCACUAUGGCCACUGCUGCCAUGUCCACCUCCUCACCCAUCCCUUCGGUGCCUCAGAAUCAAACACAGGUGUCGCAGGUCUCUACUGCGUCCAGUCGACCAUUGCCUAACUGGCAGGAGGUUUCUCACGCACAGCAACUCAAGCAGAUCGCAGCCAACCGUCAGCAGCAUGCCUUGAUUCAGCAGCAACAGCAGCAGCAGAACCAGACAGCCAACUGGUCCACCUUGUCUCCGUCAGGUCCUUCCCCCGGACCCUUUGUGCAAGAGAAAAUCCCCAGUCCUUCUUUUCGCCAGCAGCAGUUCAGCCCACAAAGCUCAGCGAUGCUUGGGGUGCCCGUGAAUGGAAACCAGUCCAAAGGGAUGAAUAACUAUGUUUAUAAGCCAACCACUCCCCAGAGCAAUCCCAUGGACAUAAUCAUGCAACAGAAGCCUCAGGACCUCAACAGAAACUUUAUCAACAGUGCUCAGCCACCACUAGAGCAGCAUCAUGGCAACACAAAGCCUUUGUUUCACUUUAACUCAGAGCAAACAAACCAGCAGAUGCCUUCAGUUUUGGGUUCCCAAAGCAAGCCUGCCCUUCUGCACUACACGCAGCAGUCACAGAGCUCAGCCCCAGUGCAACAGCCGCAGCAGCAACAACAGCCACAGCCGCAACCUGCUCAGCCUCUCCCAAACCAGUCUCUUCAAAGGCCACCCAAUGUACCCCUAGCAAUGCAGCAAAAAAUGAUGCUUCAGAAAAUUCAGCAAAGCCAGCAAAUCUCAGGUUUGCAGUAUCCAGUCUCUCAGCAGCAUAGACAGGAUCAACACUCUGUGGUAGGCCAGGGAGCUGGCCCCACUCCAAGCUCCAGUUCUUGCUCAAAUCCAAACACUGGAAGUGGUUACAUGAACUCAUCCCAGCAAUCAAUGUUGAAUCAGCAACUGAUGGAAAAGAAACAGGCUCUGCAACGGCAAAUGAUGGAGCAAAAACAACUCCUUCUACAGCAGCAGAUGUUGGCAGAAGCUGAGAAAAUCACUCCACAAGAUCAGCUGAACAGACACUUGACACGACCGCCACCGGAUUAUAAAGACCAAAGAAGGAACGUGGUCAAUAUGCAACAAGCAAACCAAUAUCCUGGUGGUUCACCAGCUGUGAGCAUGAGCUCCAGCAUGUCCUUAUCAAACCCAAUUUCAACACAUAGCAUCAUGCCCCAGAACUCCAGCCUCAUGUCCACCCCUGCUGGGACCCGGAUGCCUUCUGUCCCUGCGGCUCGGAGUAUGGGGUGCUACGGGAACCUACCCUGCAACCAACCGAGUGCAUACAACGUGACUUCAGGAAUGAACCAAAUGCAACCACACAGAAACCAAAAUCAAGUCCUGCCCAGUCAGAACAACCCCCUGAUGUCUCGACAGCAAACCAUGACGCAGGGGAACAACGUAGCUACUUUUGGGACUGGGUCGGUGGUCAACUCACAGCAAGUGAGACCCAAUUUGAACCACGGAGCCACAGGUAUCCCCGUGCAGAGACCAGCCAAUGUGAUGAUCACAGCUACAGCCACUGCUCAGAACUGGGCCCCGCAAGAAGCUGCUGUGAAGCAGCAGGACACACUGAAGCCCGCAGGGGUCCGUUUCCCCACGGGCACUCCGUAUCCUAACCAGUCUUUGCAGCGCAACAUGGGCAACCCCCAUUUUCCUCAGCGUGCGUUGGCACCUCCUAAUCAGUUAACAGCGGGAGUCCAAAUGAGGCCUCCCCUAAACCAAAUGCACCAGACUCUAAAUGGACAAUCAGCUGGUUCACUACGAGGUCUAAGCAUAAGACCUAACCAGCUCAGAGGACAGACUGUGCCUACCCUGAAUCAGCCAGGAACGAGUAUGACACCUCCGUCAUCUCUGCCGUCUACCAGUUUCACAUCUACCAACCAAAACUCUCGGGCUUACCAAGGAGGCGACCACGGUAAUGACCUAGCGUUUGACUUUCUGAACCAGCAGGGUGACGGUAUAGGGCCUGCGCUCAACAGUGACUCAGACUUUAUAGAUUCUUUACUGAAAACGGAACCUGGUAACGAUGACUGGAUGAAAGACAUCAACCUUGAUGAAAUUUUGGGGAACCACUCGUAAGUGACAGUACCGAGGGUGAAACCGAUGAAGAAGCAGUAAGGACAUUAACUUUUUCUUUAGAUGCCAACAAUCUGCUCUUUUAAUUUACACUCCAAUAACUGGGCUGUCCUUUAAAAUACCACGUAGGGCGAUUGCCCUGGUUGAAGAGUUGCUCAAGGAACAACACUGAUGUCUCCCCUGAUCAAAUGAUAAUGUAAGUGAUAUUCAUGCCUGCCACAAAGGAGUGAGAACACGUGAAGGGUCUGUUCCCCACGCUGGUGCCCAGUGCGUUGCAAACACAACAGUUCGUCUCAUGGGUGCUGUGUGGCAAAAUGUGUUUAGCUUCCCACGAGCACAAGCCCCAGACGGUGGUAUGGGCUGUGAGACAUCAUUUUUGCAUUUCAGUGCAAGUAACAGCCCAAGUGGUCCGGAGCUCUUCAGUCACCGUCUUCACAGCCCUUAACUGCCUUGGGACUACUCAGCCCUGACAGGAUCAGGCCCCGUGUAAAUCUCAUUGCGUUGCAAAAAACUGUUUACUUCUACAUAGUACAAACUCAUAUUUGUGUUUCCAAUGAUUUCGUUUUAAACCCUCUUUGUUUUGUACCACACGAAAGGGUAAGUGGUCCCGUCCAAGGAGAGAAGGAAACCGAUCGUGUGACAGACAUCAGUGCGUAACUCGGUGUGCUCUAGUUUUUGUUGUCUGCCUUUCUCCAGCACUUGCAGCCGGUACCAGAGGAGGCUGCCCUCCUGUCAGCAGCACAACCAUGCGGGGAAUUGAGGGAAACAUGAGAUGAACGAUGCCAAAGCUCAGGAGCCUCGCUUUGCCACCUUGCCCUACCCCAGGAAUACUAGUGACUUAAUGGACAAAUUAAAAGAGAAAGGUGCUCGUGAUUUGACCCUCAGAGGCUACUUUCCCAGUCCAGCUUAGAGGAGGGCAAAUACACACUGCUAAGCCACAGCAGCUAUCCUCAUUUUCAUCUUAACCCAUGGCGUGUGUCAGGUAGCUCAGCCCAGUCCUCUUCUAUAGAACAGGCUCAUCCCUGCAGAAAUGCCAGUCGUGCUGUCUGGGGAGAGGCUCACGUUUUGAUUGCACAGCAUUUUGGCUCCAUCCCACUUUCCAUAGCCCUCCUUUUCCGUAUGGAGGGAGUUGAAAGAGGUCCACCAGUGGCCCAGGUCACCACAGUCUCCUUGAGCACAGCAUGCACGUGUCACCCCUCACACACAUGACUCAGCCACGUCUAUGCUUGUAAAUGAAACAGUUUGGGGGAAUAUUUCUGGGCACUGGCCUACGUCAUCUGUUCUGGGUUUUGGGAUGGCCCAGAUGAUGUUGCCUUGACCAAUUUCUAUGCAUCACUAGGGAGUUAACCUGGGCCAUGGAGAGUUUGCAGCCACUUUGCCUUGGAAGCUAACAGAGCAGAGUAGUAAGGAUAUGGGUUGUUCCACACCACUUGACCUCGUUGCUAGACAAUAGUCUUGACCGUGUUAGAUUUUCUUCUAUAGGCUUGUUAGCAAGGACAUCAGAAGGAGGUCCUAUGUCACUAUAAUACAGCUCCACCAUGAGUCUGACAGGAGAAUUCGUAGAUGGGAACAGAUCUUGCAAUUCAAAUGAAAAUGCAGUUCUUUAAAAUGAUGUGGUGAGACGUGUUUCACAGCCUCCUCUGGAUUAGCUAAAACUAGAUGUGGCAAAGGAAUACAAUGCCUACGUUCACAUGCCGCAGCGCCAAGAGGCACCGCUCUACCCCAUGCAAGUGCUUUAUUCAUCCUUGUUAGUGGCAGUGGGAUGAGUAGACUAUCUGACAGUAGCCUCUGCACUUAACUGACCUAGUUCUCAAGAGAGGUUCUAAUAAGGCUUUUCUAGUCGUUUCGCUUUGUCAUUUCAUGUGGGCACAAUUUUUUUGUGAUGCUUCAAGAAGCACGGUCACACGGACAAGCGCCAGCACCUCCGGGAAAGGUGUAACAUGGGCAUUUAGUUAGACUUACCAGUUGAGGUGGGCUGGUCCAUGAUGCUGCUCAUUCCCAGACACGUUGUUCAUAAGAGGGAUGAGAAACCAUGCUGAAGGGUCCCUUCUGCCCCAGCUAGUGAUGGUUGCACAACCCUGCAUUGCACAAUAGCUCAGCUGCCCAGAAAGCUGCCUUUUCUCCGCAGUUUUGGCUGGAGUGUAUGCAGUCCCUUUGAUAUGCCAGUACAAAUUUUUCCAAGUCUUUAAGCAGCUUUUCAGCUCAGGCCACUGACGACCCACCUCAGUUUGGGAUGAUACAGAUGCAGUCUAACAAAUGAGUCCUCUAUAAAUUGUGCAAAACUAGGCUGAAAUAGUAGCUACGGGAGUUUAACGUGGAAGGAAGAUCAGCUCGUCUGUCUUGUGCACAGGCACACCACCCAUGAGCAGUGACUGCCGAAUUUCUUGUACGAACAGACAACUGCGAUGCUACUAAGGCUGAGGCUGAAUUAGUCUCAUCAUGAGCAAUGAGCACGGUAGGCUGGUAACCUCAGCUACUCUCACAUGCCAUUAAGAAAACCACCACUGGUUUCUGUACUAAGACCAGAUUGUUUUCCAGAUCCUCAAAUGAUGUAAAAUAAAUUGUUUGGCCGAGGUCCCAAGCCUUCAAGCUGUCGUCCAGUGCUGGACUCAGUGCUGAGCUUCGUCCUGUUGGCCUUAUCCUACAGUGGAGAAGGCACUGGGCUGUCAGGGCCAUGCCCAGAAACAGGAUGUCAUUCUGUCUUAGUAAAUUCAACAAGGUAGAGGCCAUUUGCAGUCCUGUAAAGAUGCCUGAUGCAUUUCAAAUGUGAGCUUUUGAAAGACACUUGCAACCAAAACUUGAAUCUGGUAUCAUUUCUUCAGAACACCUGUGUCUGAACAGAGUUGGCGUCCUUGUUCUUUCGUCCUCUUUCUUUGCAAUGGCUAAGUGCACUACCCUUAUAGUCUAUUUUUCAUCAUCAGCCGGGCACUCUUCGCAGUAUUGGGUUGUAAAUAUAAAGAAUUAUUUGUUUUGUAAACUUUUGUAAAAAAAAAAAAAAAAAAAACAAAAAGUAAUAAUAUUUUGGUAGGAAUAAUAAAAUCAUAUUAUUUGGGUUAUAUUUAUACAUAUGUGAAAUAAAUAUACUAUCAAAAGUUGUAUUUUAUACAAAAAGUCAAUGGUUACCUUUUGUAUUCUAUAUACAAAGUUUUGUAUGAUACGAUUGUUUAUUUUUAUCUGCAGACUUCAACUUUGGAUUUUGGGGGAGGGCAGAAUGGGAUCAUGGUUAAAUAGCUGGGCCUGACCCCAAGCUCACUGAAACCAAUGGAGUCUUUCCAUUGCCUUCACAGGGCUUUGAAUCAAGCCUUUAAAUCAACUUCAGAUAUAUUUGAAAUCUGAAGCUCUCUGGAAACCUCAACAUGAAAACAUUCCAGGUUUCAAAUUUUUUUCCCUGAAAAAGGCUUUUAUUAUUAUUAUUGUUGAUGUUGUUGUUGUAACUCUCGGGAGGCAGGUGGGACCUAUGUAACUGUCAUGUCCUUGUUGCAUGUAUGUCUGCUUUAUAUUUUCCCCAUAUUAUAAACCAGUGUUCGCUAUACAGACUGAAAAGAGAAGUUGCUGUACAGAAAUGUUUGUGUUUAUGCAUUUUUACAUGUGGCUGUAUAUACCUCCUAGUACUAUGCAGUGACACUUAUUUGACUCCAUUUAUUUUUCACCUAAACAUAAAUAGUAUGUUUUUCAGUAGCUAUCAAAACUCUGCCAAGUAAAUCAAUCAAAA